UGAAGGAAUGGGGGAGGAUUCAACCCUCGGUUUCUUCAACAGUAUUUGUGAAGUGUGGAGUGCGUUGUCAAAAUUUCUGGCCACCACUGACCCCAGCGCAGAAAAUAGCUCUCAGGCAAAGAAAGACGAGAGGGGGAGGAUGAAUGGGGGUCUGCGAAAAGCUAAAAAUAACUUAAGCGGCUACAGCAAUCUUUACAGCGGAGAACGUUUUACGCACGAAGGGGAAUAAGGAAAAGUUGUGAAGAAAGGAGGGACAAAAAUGACAACAAGCUACAUAUAAAGUUACAAAUACACAGGACCUGUCCCGGCAGACCGCGAGUCUCCGAUGGUGCGGAGCGAGACGUCCCCCAGCCGGGCCCAGCAUCCCUCCCCCACACAGAAACCCAACACUUGCUGCUUCUGCUGGUGCUGCUGCUGUAGCUGCUCAUGUCUCACUGUUAGGAGUGAAGAUGACAAGCGUGGGCGAAGGAAGGCCCAGGAGACCAAGCUGGAGUACUUUCCAUGUGAAACUUGCACCAAACCGACCGUAGAAGAGAUUAAACAGUGGGCGCAGUCUUUCGAUAAGCUGAUGAAGAACCCGGCGGGGCGGAACAAGUUUCGCGAGUUCCUGCGGACGGAGUACAGUGAGGAGAACAUGCUCUUCUGGCUGGCCUGUGAAGACCUGAAGAAAGAGAUCAACAAGAGCUCAAUCGAGGAGAAAGCACGCUUGAUCUAUGAAGACUACAUCUCUAUACUCUCACCCAAAGAGGUGAGUCUGGACUCUCGAGUGAGGGAGGUGAUCAACAGGAGGAUGCAGGAGCCGACCCCUCAUAUAUUUGAAGACGCACAGCUGCAGAUCUACAUGCUCAUGCACAGAGACUCCUACCCACGAUUCCUCAACUCCUCCAUCUACAGAUCACUGGUGCAGGGAGGGUCACGCUCUUCGUCUGAAUCAUAGAAACCCUCUCUCCACAAACCCCUUCAUAUUUCUCCCCACUGCACAACCACCUGAGGAUAAAGUACUCUUUUGUUGUGUCAUCAUCGUUGGAUUAUGAUUUUCUUGAUUUUUUGGUCAGUGUUCCUCUUUUUGAGGGAAUCCCUCAUUUUGGGGGGGUUUCUUCUGAACCUGCACAGACUCAAACUGGAACACAGGGUUGAAAAUGCAGUUUUCAUUUUCGUAAUUCCCUCCGUCCCUGUUUCAUCACUCUGAACGUACAGCAGCAUCAACUACUGAUUUACACAGCCAUCUUCUGACUUGAUUUUUUUGUUAUGUAUGCACACGUGUACCCGUCAUACAUCUGUUUUAUGUCUCUAGCGGAAGAGAGCUGUAAAGGCCUCUGCAAUAACAUA